AUGGAAACUUUAACUUUAAGAGGCGUCCUCGAAGGACACGAAGGCUGGGUGACUUCCAUCGCCACUCCCCUUGAUAACUCGGACAUUCUCUUGACCUCGUCCAGAGAUAAAUCCGUCAUCUUGUGGACGUUGACCAGAGAAGAAGGCAACUACGGCUACCCGAGAAGACGCUUGCACGGUCACUCGCACUUUGUCCAAGACGUCGUCAUCUCCUCGGACGGGCAGUUCGCCUUGUCCGGUUCCUGGGACGGUACCUUGAGAUUGUGGGACUUGAACUCUGGAACAACCACGAGACGAUUUGUCGGUCACAGCAAAGACGUCUUGUCCGUCGCGUUCUCCGUGGACAACAGACAAAUCGUCUCCGGCUCCAGAGAUAAGACGAUUAAAUUGUGGAACACUUUGGGCGAGUGCAAAUACACGAUUCAAGAACACGAAGGCCACACGGAGUGGGUUUCUUGCGUUCGAUUCUCCCCGGCACCGUCGAACCCGAUCAUCGUCUCGUGCGGUUGGGAUAAACUCGUCAAGGUGUGGAACUUGAACAACUGCAAGUUGCGAACCAACUUGGUUGGCCACACCGGGUACAUCAACACCGUCACGGUGUCGCCGGAUGGCUCUUUGUGCGCCUCGGGCGGUAAGGAUGGCGUCGCCAUGCUCUGGGAUUUAGCGGAAGGCAAGAGAUUGUACUCUUUGGAUGCUGGGGAUAUUAUCUACUCCAUGUGCUUCUCGCCGAAUAGAUAUUGGUUGUGUGCCGCCACGCAAUCGUGCGUGAAGAUUUGGGAUUUGGAGUCCAAGAGCAUCGUCGACGAGUUGCACCCGGAGUUCCCGCCGGUUGGUAAGAAGUCCAUGCCGCCGCACUGCACCUCCUUGCAAUGGUCCGCGGACGGUCAAACUUUGUAUACCGGUUAUUCCGACAACAAGGUUCGCGUCUACGUCGUUUCCAGAGCCUCCGCGUUCUAA